AUGGAGGCACUUGGGAAUUUGGCGUUAGACAGAGGAAGGAGGUUCGUCAAUUUGGAUGAUAAUCUUAGGUCACUCGAAAGGAAGUUGCAAAGAUUAGGCGGCAGAAAAUCUGACUUCGAGUUGCAAGUGACGAAUGCAGAAAGAUCAGGUAGUAAGAAAAGGAAAAGGGAGGUUGAGAUUUGGUUCGAGGAGGUAGCAACAGUAGAAAAUGAAUUCGGUGCAUUGAAAAAGAGCAUACAAGAGGGUGGAUUUCUAGAAAAUGCAAUUAGUAGUGGGGAUAGAGUGGCAAAAAUGGAUGCAAUUGUAGAGCAAUUGAUGGAGCAAAGUAAUCAUUUUGAUGGGCUUUUGCUUGAGGCUUUUGAGAACAGAGGUGAGCCACGAGUGACAACGACAUUAUUUGGAGAAAUGUUUGACAGAGGUUUGAAAGCAGUCUGGGCGUGGUUGGUCAUCGAUAGCAUCUCAAACAUUGGGAUUUAUGGGAUGGGCGGAGUGGGUAAGACUACAUUAGCGAAACACAUCCAUAAUCUUCUCCUUGAGAGAACUCAAUUCAAAGUUUAUUGGAUUACUGUCUCUCAAGAAUUCAGCAUCAAAAGGCUGCAAAAUGACAUUGCUAAACGCCUAAGGCUUGAUCUGUCACAUGAGGAUGAUGAGGAUAGCAGGGCAGCCAUUUUGUCCAGGGCAUUGGUGAAGCAGUCCGUCCUCAUACUCGAUGAUGUUUGGCAAGAAUUUUCUUUUGAAAAGAUUGGAAUUCCCCUUGGUGCAAACAAAUGCAGAGUGAUCUUGACUACUCGGUCACUGGAAUUAUGCAACAGGAUUAGCUGUCAAAGGGUAUUUGAAGCUAAAACUUUGGCUACAAAUGAAGCUUGGGAUUUGUUCAAACAUACACUUGACCCUAAGACAGUGCUUCAUGGAGAGGUGGAAGAAAUUGCCAAGUCUGUAGCAAAAAGGUGUGCUGGUUUGCCUCUUGGUAUUAUCACAGUGGCUGGGAGCAUGAGACGCGUGAUCAACGUCUGUGAGUGGAGAAAUGCAUUGGAACAAUUGAAAGCAUGCUCGGUAGGGCAUGAUGAGAUGGAACGAGAUGUGUUUCCCAUCUUAGAAUGGAGUUUCAAUCGCUUGAAUGAAUGUUUAAGGCAUUGCUUCUUGUAUUGCUCUCUUUAUCCGGAAGAUUGUUAUAUAAAAAGAGAGGAACUAGUAGACCUCUUUAUUUGGGCAGAGCUAAUGCCACAACGGAACUCAAGGUCAGAAGCAUUUGAUCAAGGUCACACGAUAUUAAACAAACUAAUAAAUGUUUGCUUGCUAGAAAAAACUACAGAUUUCACAGGGGAGGACCAUGUGAAGAUGCAUGAUUUGGUCAGAGAUAUGGCAUUAAAGAUCACGAAUGGAAACUCCAAACUAAAGAUGAGAGGAGAUGUACCACGGUUCUUGGUAAAAAGCAUAGGCUGGCAAGAUUCAAGUAUACUAAUACUAGAACAAGAAAAAUGGACAGAAGAUCUCUGUGCAGUUUCCUUUAUAUCGAGUCUGAGUGCAAAAAUAAGAGUUCCACCAGGCUGGUCACCAAAUUGUCCUAAGCUCUCAACCUUGCUUCUUCCUUAUUUUUCCAUAAAAAGAAUUCCUGAUUCAUUCUUUCGGCACAUGUGUGGACUUAAAGUUUUGAAUCUAGAACUAUGCAAAGGUAUAACAGAGUUGCCUAAUUCUGUUGCAGACUUGGUGAAUCUCACCGCUUUGAUUUUGAAGGGUUGUGAAGGCCUCCGAUCUGUGCCGCCACUGGGAAAGCUCAAGCAAUUGAGGGAAUUGGAUCUAUCCUGGACUAAGAUUCAGGAUCUCCCUCAAGGUCUAGAGUCAUUGGUUAAUCUUGAAAGGCUUAACUUGGGCAAUUGUCGGUCUUUCAGACGAAAGAUAAUACCAAAAGGGACAUUUUCUGAAUUGCACCGUCUUCAAUGGCUAGUAUUGCCACCUUAUGGUACUGUACAAUUUAAUGAUCCAGAAGUGUUGAACCAAUUAAAAAGUUUUAUAGGAUGUUUAUGUUUUACCGACUCCUAUAAAAUCUCUUGGUGGCCAGAAUACUAUUAUCUUUAUAUCAAUGAUAACUUUUCAUCUUUUUGUGACUACGUUCACUCGGGCGAUGAUAUUGGGCAUCACAAACGAUUGUACUUCCAUCAGUGUAAAUUGGGUAGAGGAUUGAACCAUCCUGUGUUGUUGCUGCCAAGUGAUAUAAAAAGUCUAGAACUCAUUGAUUGUGUUGGCCGGGGCAUUAGGUGCUUGUCUGAUGUUUUUAGGAAUUUUACAAGUUUAAACGACUUGUCUUCUUUGGAGAUCAGGGGUUUGGAUGGAAUAGAGUUCCUCUGGCAAUUUUCUGCUCCUACUCCACGUGAUCAGCAGGCAGACUCCUCUUUUAGUCCACUAAGAAAACUGCAAAAUCUGAUCCUCCGGAAUUUGCUUGAUCUAGUGGGUCUCUUUUUCGGGAAAUCAGAAGCAUAUUUGCUUCAACCUGGCACCUUCUCUUCCCUUACGUGGUUGUCCAUUCACAAAUGUCACAAAAUGAAGCGACUAUUCACAGCGCAGCUGCUACAGAAUCUUGAAAAUCUAACACUAAUUCAUGUCGAUGAUUGUGAAGGACUGGAGGAGAUAGUAGCAGAUGACAAUGGUGUAGAACAAGGAGGAGGAGAAGGCAUCCAAUUGACUUCAAGUGAUGCUACCGCCACGGUCAUCCUUCCAAAAUUAAGGUGUUUGAGUCUGAAUAGGCUGCCACAACUAAAGAACAUUUGCAAGGUAGCCAUGAUCUGCGAUUCAAUUAAGGAGAUUAAAAUAUUUGGUUGUCCAAAGGUAAAGAGGCUGCCUUUGUUUCUUCCUAACAUCAACGGACUACCAUCUCUUCCCAACACUCUUCUUCAAAUCAUGGGAGAUAAAGAAUGGUGGGAAUCAUUAGAGUGGGACAAUUCUUGCACCAAAAACGCCCUUGACCCAUUUUUUACUACACAUUCGGUGUAUCGCAUCUUUAAUUCAAGACCACCUCUUUGA